AAUUAAUAAUAUAUACAGAAAUUAUUUACCUGAAUUAUUUACCUUAUUUAACAUGUUUUAACACUAAGCGCGGUGAGAACUGAAUUAUAUCUGACAACUAAUAACAUAAAAAUUCGAACGCAUACGUUAAAAGAGAAGCUAGCCACGUUUACAUUCUAUUUUAGUUGUCGAGUAUUCAACCUAAAGUAAACUAUCUAAUCUAUGACAAGGGUUAUAUUGUGUUAACAUUACUGUCUCGCGUUUGAUUGAUUUAUGUUAUUUCGUGUUAUUCCGAUCCAUAAAAAUUGUGAAUUAUUUUGUUUUCUUUAGAAUUGAAUUUAUAUAACUAAUAAUGAAACAAAGCUAUUAUAUAUAUCCAUUAAUAAUGGUGUUAUUUUUAUAAAAUAAAAUAAAAUAAAAUAUAUUGGUGAAAAUAAUCUCAGUUGGUAACCAAUGCCACUGGCGAAACCCUUUAAUUUAACUUUAUAGUAUAAAAUUUAGCAGUUUUCAUAUCUUACUUUUCACAAUUCGAUUUUGCUGAAUUGUAGUUUAUGGCCGUUGGUACAAAAUGGACCAAGAUGUUACAAGAUUCAUAUACUUUAUAUUUUUGACAACGCUUUUAAUCGAUUUAGGAUCAUCUACACAUUAUUUAAAAUAUAUCGAAUAUAAUAUAGAACAUGGGAAGGAUUGUCAUACAAUUGGAUCAAAUAAACAGAACAAAGAUUUAGCGGUUAUAGUUAAAAUUACACUUGAUCGUGGAAUCAAUACUGAUACAUAUUGUAAAUUUACUAUUAAAGCUAAUGAAGGAGAUGGCUUGUUUGGUGUCAUACAAAAAAUGACAUUUAGACGUAAUAAAACAGAGUGUGUAGAUUAUGUACAGUUCAAAAGGAGCGACAGUCAAAAAACACAAAAAUUUUGUGGAAAUUUCGAUCGUAACACAACUAAAUAUUAUCCAGUCCCUGAACCAGAAAAUAGCACCUAUGAGCUUGGAUCAUUUUUUUCUGAAAAUCCAUAUUCAGAAUUUGAUAUUAAUGGCAAAUUAGAAACUACAAUAUUUAUUGCCAAGAAGGGAUACUUAUUUGCAGAAAAAGUUCCUACUCUCAGUAUUGUUUAUACGCCAUAUAAAAAAUGCAAGGGCAGCACUCCUAUAAACUAUACAUCAAUACUUUUUGAUUCAUGUAUUUUACAAGAUUACUUUUGCGACGGAUAUCAAAAUUGUGUACUAAAAAUCUGUCGGGAUGAGGAAAACUGUCCAAAUGCCACUGAUAUCAUUAGCAAUACUGGAACAAAAGUAACAGUGGGUGCUGUGACAACAAUAAUUUUGUGUACAAUUCUUUUUGGUGUAUGCAUAUGGGCAUGUAAAAAAAAAGAUUUACUCUUUUGGUCUUCCGAUUGUGCCGGUCCAAGUGCGCACUCAUCAUUAUCUAGAUCAGGUGGACAAGAAUCUGGAAGCAUUAAUAAUCCUCAACUUCCAACAGCUCCAAUGUUAGAAGUGGCUGUACCACCUCCUGUGUUAGAUAAAGAUCUUCCACCUAGUUAUGAUUCCUUAUUUCCAGAACAGAAUAAUUCUACUGUGCAGCAGAUGUGAUGCUGCUUCUUAAACAAUGUAUGUGUACAAGCAUAUAAGAAGUUAAAAUCAGAAAUACGUCUUAAAAGAUCUAAGGUUAAAUCUUAGAAAUAACAUGAGCAAGGAAAAUGGAGUACAAAUUUCUGCCUAAUUCAUUUUUCAUGUUUUUAAUAUGAAUAGUAAUGUUUAUAACUUUAUACUACACUUCGUUUAAUUUUUGCGACAUAUUUCUGAUAUGGUUUAUACAUAUCCAUAGCUUCCUUGUUUUUUUUUUUUUUUCUUUUUUUUUAUUAUUAAGAAAUUAAAAAUAUAUAUAUGUAUUAAGUAAAAAAGUAAGCCUUUUCAAGAACUAAUGUAUUUAAUGCUGCGAUGUGGCAAUAUUAACAAUAUUUUUCAUUAUUAUUAAGGAGGUGCAUCAUAUUUUCUAAAAUGUAUCAAUUAGAAUGAUUAGUAACAUAAUCAUAAGGAAAUCAAUUUUACAUUUAAUAUUUUGAUACAUCUUAUUUUCCAUCUAAAAAUAGAGGAUUAUUUCUUUAAAACAAUUUUGUAUGAAAAUCUUGAAAGAUCUGAUAAAAUUACUCCAAAUUUAUAUUUUCUAGGAAGUGUAUUUCUAUUAAGAAUUGUAAUGUAAGAAAUUAUAACUUUUUUUUACUUUUGAGCCAUGACAUUUUUCUCAAUGUUAUAUUAGUUUUUAUAUAAACAAUUAAUAUGAACAUUGCCACUAAUAUUUAUAAUGAACAGAUAUAGUUUAUUUCAAUAUUAUACUUUUAAUUUACUCUUAUUUAUUUUGCGAUCAAUGAUUAAUAAAAGUAUUGAUAGAAUAAGCACUACAAAAAUAUAAUCUAUGUCGAUAAUAUAGGCCUUAACGCGAGCGCAUAUAUGCGUGUGCGUAUAAACCAUUUGUAAUGAAUUUGUAUAAUGAAAUUUUUGUAAAUAUAUAUCAUCCUUAUAUAUAUAA